AUUGCAGCAUCAGUAAAGAUAAACUAAGUAUGUUGAGAAAAAAAAAAAAAAUUACAUUUUUAAUAAGUUUGCCUUGAAUCUUGAUAAAAUAAUAUUAAAAAAAAAAAAUUAAUUAAAACAAGAUGCAAGAAAUUAUUGAGAGGGGAUUCGCCUAUAAAGAGAAGAAUUAAAAAAAAAAUUUAAUCACUGACAUUGAUGUGUUUUUCUUAUAAUAAUAUUGAGUUAGAAAAUAAAUAAAAAUGUUUAAAAAAUUAGUACUGUUAUUAUUUUUAAUGGUGACAUGUUUAUUAGCACAAAAUUAUAAUUAUUAUUAUGAAAAAUCUGGUUCAUGUCCACCAGCAUUAACAGUACCAGUAUGUUCAAGGUCGUGUUAUGUUGAUUCAAAUUGUCAAGAUGAUGAAAAGUGUUGUCCAACUGGAUGUGGUGGAAGUUUUUGUUCUCAGCCGGUUACAAUGAAAAAAAAUUUACAAAUUGAAAAACGAGGUUCUUGUCCAACAGUACCAGCUGGUCGUUGGAUUUGUUCACCAACUUGUACCAAUGACAGUGAUUGUCGAGGAGUUAAAAAAUGUUGUGUUAAUCGUUGUGGUGCACUAAAUUGUCAAAUUCCAGAAGUUAAAGCUGCUGAAUUAAGUUAUUAAUUUAGAAAAAUAAAUUCAAUAUCAUAAAUAGAUAUAAAAAAAUAUAAUAAUAAUAUAAAAAUAGAGAACAAAAAGUUAAAUUAACAUCAUCAUUUACUUUCCUGUCACGUGGAUUUAUAUUUAUUUAUUUUUUUCGUUAGAUUAUUUCGAUAUGACAUGUAUAAUAUUCUACAGUAGAUUAUCAUAUGACACCAACAAACUUUCCCACAUCCCAUAUUGCAUGUAAUUUAAUUCUCACAUGAUUUUUAAGUACACUAAUAUAUUCAUAGGGAACACAAGAGCUAUCUAUGAAUAUGUAUAAAUUAUUUAAAAUAAAAAGGAUGCACUUAUUUUAUAUAUUAAUUAUUAUGUGCUAAAAAAAAAAAAAGAAUUUAAUAAUUUAUCAUCAUCAUGUAUGACUACAAAUAUUGAUUCAUUCAGUUGAUCUCAACUUGUAAGCAUCAUUAAAAAUAACUCUUGUUUUAUUUAUAUAAUAAAAUAAAAUAUUAUUUAUAAAAAAUUAA